AUGAUGCCCACCUUUGUCGAUGUUUAUGGCUGGGAAGUCGUCGCCAAGCUCCUCACAGACAUCUACAACGACCUUUCCAUCCCCACCUCCGACAACUCAAACUUCAUCUACAAUCUCCUCCACUUUCAUGCCGGAGCUGACCCCCUUGAGUUUGCCAUCAGAACCUCCCUCCUCUGCGCCUUUAUCUGCUGGUUCCUCACCAUGGCCAACGGCACACACUCUUGGGUUGAUAAGCUGUGGUCGAUUAUUCCAGCCGUGUACGCCAUCCACUAUGCCGUUCGGGAUAUGCUCUACUGGCCACAGGACGUCGCCUUCAAAUACGUCCCUCGCCUCUACAUCGCUGCCUUCUUGAUCUCUGUCUGGGCAAUCCGACUGACUUACAACUUUUACCGCAAAGGAGGCUAUGGAUUCGAUAGCGAGGAUUAUCGCUGGCCCUAUAUUGUUUCCAAGAUCCCCGGCUUCCUCUGGUUCUUCUUCAACAUUGGAUUCACCUGUCUUUUCCAGAACUUGCUCCUGGUCUUUAUUGUCGCCCCUGUUUACUUCAGCUGGAAGGCGGCGCUUAUUGAGAAUACUCCUCUGAACUGGAUCGAUGCCCUCGCGACGCUUUUGUUCAUUGGAGGUUUGGCUUUGGAGACCGUGGCUGAUGGACAGCAGUGGGCGUUCCAGGAGGGCAAGAGGAUUGCGAUUGAAAAGAAGGAGGUUCUCACGGGCGAUAACAAGAGAGGGUUCUUAACCCAGGGCUUGUUCAAGUACUCGCGCCAUCCCAACUAUUUUGGUGAAAUGACCGUCUGGUGGUCCGUCUACCUGUUCUCGGUUGCGGCCGGAUAUCCGACCUAUAACGCUUGGUUCAACCCUGCAAUCGUCGGAGUUGUCGCCCUGACGUUUCUGUUCCAGGUCUCCACCACGUUGACUGAGUACAUCACCUCGGAGAAGUACCCCGCCUACAAGCUGUACAAGAAGUCUACUUCUCGCCUUAUCCCCUUGCCUGCUGGUGUUAGCCUGGACGAGCUCGAGAGAAAGUCGCAAUAA